AUUCAGCUUUCCCCAGAAAAGACAGCUGACUACAGAGGACAUAGCUGCUUACCUCCCAGCCCAGGAUGAAGUCGAUACAGUUUUGCAUCCUACUCUGGUGCUGGCGAGCCAUCUGCUGUCAGGGCUGUGAGUUGACCAACAUCACCAUUGCAGUAGAGAAAGAAGAGUGCCGUUUCUGCAUAAGCAUCAAUACCACUUGGUGCGCAGGAUAUUGCUACACCAGGGAUCUGGUGUAUAAGGACCCAGCCAGACCCAAUACCCAGAAAAUAUGCACCUUCAAGGAGCUGGUGUAUGAGACCAUCAGAUUGCCUGGCUGUGCUCACCACUCAGACUCCCUCUACACAUACCCAGUAGCCACCGAGUGUCACUGUGGCAAGUGUAACAGCGACAGCACUGACUGCACUGUGCGAGGCUUGGGACCCAGCUACUGCUCCUUCGGUGAAAUCAAAGAAUAAAGAACAAUGGACAUUUCAGUUCGCCCACCCUUGUCCUGAAGGACCACAGUAUCCAAAAUGUCUGUGUCUGCUCUGCGCUGGGCUGCAAACCACUGGCUAAGGAACCAUCCAUCCCACUGUCCCGUCAGACCACUGUUCUGACAGGGAAGAGGAGCUGAGGACUGAGAGUACUGGGGCCAGAACUCUACCACCCUCACUCAUUCCUCUAUCCAUCCUGCUGGUUACCUAGGUUUUAUUCACUCUCAACUCACAGCUUUGUGAGAGCUUUCCUCCUCAAUAAUCUUAGGAUUAUUAUUAUUAUUAUUAUUAUUAUUAUUAUUAUUAUUAUCCCUUCCUUGUAGACAGAGGAAUGCAUGAGUCCAGAGGGAAGGGAGGUGGAAGUCUGGAAAAGAACUCAAUCUAGCACAAUCUUCUGCUAGACUUUUAGAAACUACAGAGUGAUUGCAAAUUUAAGGCCCAAACUCUGUAUGCAAUUAAAUGGAAAACUCUGUGGGUUCCUUAAGGAAAAGAAGAGCAUACAUGCCACAUGCAGGGAAAUGCUGCUAUACCUGGCUGAGGAAAGCUGGCCUGGCAGGGUCAGGCUACAUGCUAAUCUGACACAUGUGGGAUACUGAGAUAGUAUCUAUGGAUUGUUCCAAGAAGAUGCAGACAGGAGGAAGUGACCAAGCUCAGACUAUAGAUGUUUGUCCAUGUUUAUUUAUUACUUUAAAAAUUAUCAAAUGCUACUAGGAUCCUGCCAAACUCCCUUUUGGAAUGGAGGAAAUCAACAGUGAUGGUGUUUGAUGGAUAAGCUUGCUAGCUUGCCUCACAUGCAGCAAGUAAAGAUUUCAAAGUAGGCUUCAAAGCAAUUUCAGCAAUUGAAUAAAUACAUUUAGUUUACCUACAAAUACACCUGUAUAAAUUCAUGGUUAGAGAUAAUUAACCAUGAGGGGUAACUGCUAUGCUCUAGGACACUUCUCUUUUGCCAAUUCGUGUUCUCCCAUAUCUUUGUUCCUUUCAAAGAAGUAGACACCAUCAUGAGUUGAAUUCUUUUAAAGAUGUUAACUCUUUUAAUCAUGUACUUAUUUCACAGUUAUGAUGCUGGACUAAUUUAUUUAAAUCUUAUUUUUUUAAUAAAAAUGCUACU